GGUAAACGUAGAGACAAGCCGGCAGACAGGCAGUGCAGUACUGCAUCAAACGUCUCAGUGAUGGUUGGCCAUUAAGAUGUUUGACUGCGUAUAUGAGUACAAGAACCUUCUGAUAUAGCAGUAUUUUUAUUUUUUUUAUUUUUUUCGUGAUCACGGACCAGUGAUUGCAAAGAGCUGACGAAAUUUAUCGGUCAUGAUGCACGCCGGUUUGAAUAUGUGCUUUGGGCGGAUCGCCCUGCCGGACUAAUAUGUAAGAGAUAACCGAUGAUGGGACGAAGGCAGUCAAGGCAGUCAAGGCAGUCAUGCGGGCGUAUCAUUUUACUAUGUAUUGCUUGGAUUGGGGAUCGAUUGACUUGCGACCCUCCCCAGACACCAAGACAUCUCAUGCAGGCUCUCUCUGUCGAGUCAUUUCAUCAAUCAGGGUUUAAAACGGAAUUCUGCUCUAAUACAUUGGCGGAUGAGCCGAGCACUAUGUGUAUAGCUCCCUUGAAAAUGUGGGCAACUCGUUGGCAAUGUUCCAAUAAUGGACGUGGCUGAUGGAUAUGUGUUUUGCUGAGGCUUGCGGUGGUAUCAAGAUAUUGACAUGUGUGAGAUUUCCCUUUCACCGUCCUAUGCGGACGGACAUUGAACAACAUCAAUUUGCGAAAUGG